CCUUGCGGCUCUUGGGGUCCAAGAAUCCUCUGAUAUAAACCGUCGCUCUCCCGAUGCGCAUUUGUCGCCCACCCCUAUUCCGUUGAUCCGUCCCCGGCGAAAAAGGAGCAAUUUCUCCUCCUUCCUCUCGAGACGGAAACAGUAAACAUCACUGUCACAGUCUCACUCCAGUGAAGUGAGUCGAGGUUACAGGUUUGGGUUUUUGGAGGCUUUCGCUUAUGCGGUGUGUGUCGGUCAACUGAGGACAGGGUAACGAGUGGUUCUUGCCAAGAAAGGGGGGUUGGUUAUGGCGAGAGGGCCGGGCAUGCCGGCGGCGGCGGCGCUGGGGGCCGUGGUGAUCUUAGCCGCCGCAGCCGGCUGGCACGGCGCGGAGGGUAAGUCGUGCACCAACGCGUUCCCGGGGCUGACGUCGCACACGGAGCGCGCGGCGACGCAGCUGCGGUCCGCGCCGCGGGCGCCGGUGCCCGAGCGCAGCCACCACGGUCGCCACACCCAUGAGCAUGGCCACGAGCAGCACCUCACCCCCACCGACGAGUCCGCCUGGAUGUCGCUCAUGCCACGGCGGGCUCUGCGGCGCGAGGAGGCGUUCGACUGGCUCAUGCUCUACCGCAAGCUCCGGGGCGCCACCGCCGGCGCGCCGCGGCCCGGGGUUGCGGCCGGGGCGUUCCUCUCCGAGGCCUCCCUGCACGACGUGCGGCUUGAGCCGGGCAGCCCGUACUGGCAAGCACAGCAGACCAAUCUGGAGUACCUGCUCCUCCUGGACGUCGACCGCCUCGUCUGGAGCUUCCGCAAGCAAGCCGGCCUGACGGCGCCGGGAACGCCCUAUGGCGGGUGGGAGGGCCCUAACGUCCAGCUCCGGGGUCACUUUGUUGGGCAUUACCUGAGUGCUACUGCAAAGAUGUGGGCUAGCACACACAAUGAUACUCUUAAUGUGAAAAUGUCGUCUGUCGUCGACGCGCUCUAUGAUUGUCAGAAGAAGAUGGGCACAGGGUACCUGUCGGCCUUCCCGUCGGAAUUCUUCGAUUGGGUUGAGGCCAUCAGGCCUGUCUGGGCCCCUUACUACACAAUCCACAAGAUUAUGCAAGGCCUUCUUGAUCAGUACACGGUGGCUGGGAAUUCCAAGGCUCUUGACAUGGUGGUAAAGAUGGCUAAUUAUUUCAGUGAUCGGGUGAAGAAUGUCAUACAGAAAUACAGCAUUGAGAGGCACUGGGAGUCUCUCAAUGAGGAAACUGGUGGGAUGAAUGAUGUGCUCUAUCAGCUCUACACAAUAACGAAUGAUCUGAAGCAUUUGACACUGGCCCAUCUCUUCGAUAAGCCAUGCUUUCUUGGGCUGCUUGCAGUUCAGGCUGACAGCAUUUCAGGCUUCCAUUCCAAUACACACAUUCCAGUUGUCAUUGGUGCACAGAUGAGGUAUGAAGUUACCGGAGAUCCUCUUUACAAGCAAAUUGCCACAUUCUUUAUGGAUACAAUAAAUUCAUCUCAUAGCUACGCGACUGGUGGCACAUCUGCUGGUGAAUUCUGGACUGACCCAAAACAUUUAGCUGAGACUCUGAGUACUGAGAAUGAGGAAUCUUGCACCACUUACAACAUGCUUAAGAUAUCUCGCAACCUAUUCCGAUGGACAAAGGAAAUAUCAUAUGCAGAUUACUAUGAAAGAGCACUGAUAAAUGGUGUUUUAAGCAUUCAAAGGGGGACAGAUCCUGGUGUGAUGAUUUACAUGCUACCCCAGGCCCCUGGACACUCUAAGGCUGUGAGUUAUCAUGGUUGGGGAACAAAGUACGAUUCUUUCUGGUGUUGUUAUGGGACAGGUAUAGAAUCCUUUUCAAAACUUGGCGAUUCUAUUUACUUUGAGGAGAAAGAAGAUACACCUGCACUCAACAUCAUUCAGUACAUACCAAGCACUUUCAACUGGAAAGCAGCUGGGCUCACUGUUACUCAGCAAAUCAAAACCCUCAGUUCUUCUGACCUGUAUCUUCAAAUUUCACUCUCCAUUUCUGCAGAGACGACAAGUCAGUCUGCCAAAUUGAAUGUUAGAAUUCCAUCAUGGACAUUUGCUGAUGGUGCAGGAGCAAAUCUAAAUGGCAAAGAUUUGGGGUCAUUAUCUCCAGGAUCUUUCCUCUCAGUCACCAAACAAUGGAACUCAGAGGAUCACUUAUCACUACGCUUUCCCAUCAGGUUAAGAACUGAAGCAAUUAAAGAUGACAGGCCGGAGUAUGCAUCCCUUCAAGCCAUCCUAUUUGGGCCAUUUGUUCUUGCUGGCCUAUCCACUGGUGACUGGGAUGCAAAAGUUGGCAAUAGCAGUACAAUUUCAGAUUGGAUCACCACUGUUCCUUCAGUGUACAACUCACAGCUGGCAACCUUCACACAAGUAUCCAAUGGAAAAACAUUUGUCCUCUCAAGCGCAAAUGGCUCCCUAACAAUGCAAGAGCGACCUGAAGUUGACGGCACCGACAUCGCCAUCCACGCAACAUUCAGGGCACACCCUCAGGACUCAACGGAGCUGCAUGACACAUACAGCACAACCAUGAAGGGAGCUUCCGUGCUGAUCGAGCCAUUUGACUUGCCAGGAACUGUGAUCACCAACAACCUCACCCUAUCCGCGCAGAAGGGUUCAGAUUCCCUCUUCAACAUAAUACCCGGGCUCGAUGGAAAUCCUAAUUCAGUUUCCCUCGAGCUCGGGACCAAACCAGGGUGCUUCUUGGUGACAGGCGUGGAUUACUCUGCAGAGACUAAGAUUCAGGUCAGCUGCAAGAGCUCUCUUCAGAGCAUUGGUGGGAUACUCGAGCAGGCGGCGAGCUUUGUGCAGACUGCCCCACUGAGGCAGUACCAUCCAAUCAGCUUUAUCGCAAAGGGAGUGAGGAGGAACUUCAUCCUGGAGCCACUGUACAGCUUGAGGGACGAAUUCUAUACGGUUUACUUCAACAUUGGGGGCUGAGUCCCCAAAUUUACACUUGGAGUAGAAAAAAUACAGAAUAAUGCACGGCCUCUUUCUUCUCAUACACUGUAGUUUAGAACAGACAAUUAAAGAGGAAAUGAGCUGUUUCAUGUGUAUCCCUCUCAUAUACAUUCACUUACUGCAAUACCGAGCAAUCCACACAGCGCUUCUUCGGUCC